AUGAGCCCUGUCACUUCACACCACGAGUAUCCGCCCUUUCCAGACGGUGUCGGCACGGCGCCGUUGGUGUCUAUCUCCCUUGCCAAGCUUAAAAAGGGAGACAAGGAUGAGUUUGCCCAUCUUUUUCAAGCUUCAAGGGAGCUUGGCUUCUUCUACAUAGACAUGGUGAGAUCUAGCCUGGGCGAAAGGAUCAUCCAGCAAGCUGAAAGUCUUCAACUUUUGCAAAAACAAUCCUUUCAAUUGCCGAAGGAAGAAAAAGAGGUCUUCAAUGCCAGGUUGAAGACUUAUUUCUCUUAUAGAGCCAUGGAGACCACGUUCCCAGACGCCGAUGGUGGACUCAAGCGGAACGAGAGUUACAAUAUGCUAAGAACUUUUGGAAAUACAGAUCCGGUUUCCUGUCCAUCCGUUGAUCUGGAAGCACGGUGCCUGAAAGAAAGCCUUGGGCUCCCCGUUGGUACGCUAAAGAAUCUGCAUCGGUUUAACCGGCGCUCGGGGGAUCAUAUUCGCUUCACCCAAGCUGCCACUAUUCCAUAUAACGAAAAGAGGGCCAAGGGCGGGGAGCAUAUGGACUUUGGAACACUUACGGUCCUGUUCAAUUGGCUGGGAGGACUGCACAUCCGCAUGCCUACAGAUGGACGAUGGCUUUAUAUGAAGCCAGUGCCCGGAUCAGCCAUCGUGAACCUGGGCGAUCCUAUGGUCAUUUUCACCGCGGGCAUCUUGCGAUCCAAUAUUUAUCGGGUUGUUCCUCCCCCGAACGCACGUUUGAAAGGCGGUCUGAUAGACGCUCAACCCGUACUAGAUGCGGGUAAAUGUCUUCCCGAGAUACCUAGCCACGAGUUCAUCACAAGACGGACAAUGGGUGACCUCAAAGGAGUGUACAUAUGUGAAGGUGGCCUGGAACAGCUGGAAGAGUACACCAUAUAA